UGUCGAACUCUCAUUGUCAUUGGUUCGAUUUCCUUGCGAUCCCGCACGGCAGCAAUAACGCCCAGUGGCUUUUCCUCUUCCCCCGCCCGCAUGCACUACAACGUCUUUCGACCCCCUUCCUUUCUGUGUUCAUGCCAAAGAGACAGAAUCUGAAGAAUAAACUAAAAGUAUACACUGUACAGAAAAAUGAGUCACUAAGAUCUAGUCAUGAUUCGGAUGCUCAAGCGAGAACCGCGGACAAUGUGGACAGUGUGAGCACCAAACUCGCCAAAUUGCGCUCCGAGCAAGCCCGUGCAGCAUGGAAUCGACAACGACAGCAACGACCUAUACCCAGCAAUAUGGCUGAACAAUCUUUGAAUUUGGGUCCGUCCUGGUUAAUGCCAGCCAUCUCGCCUAGUACAGUCGAAGCAUCAACUUCGCACCGUUCGGCAGCAGGACCACCACCACCUCGUUCUUGGAUCACGAGAAAGAGCAAUCAAAUCAGGACCAUCCACCGGAAAGUAUCGAAUCCGACGGAAGGAGUGCCCUCACUUUGCUGGUUAUGCUCUGUCGCUAUAGCAAGGCGUCUAGCUGAGGAUUACCGAUUGCACGCGGAUCGAUAUGACAAGGCUUUUGCAUCGCUUUCCAUCCGAGUCAAGCAGUCCCUACUUCGAGCAUUGGCUACAUCAACGGGUAUCAAUGACCGCCUGCUCAAAUUGUUUCAAGAUGAAGAAUACGAUGAUCUGUGCUUAGAAAGUAGUUCGAUCUCAUUUUCAAAGCUGCUACGGACGUAUUGGCGGGUGAAGCCGCUUCAAGCGAAGCCUCCACCGGAAUUGGCGGUGAAGGAGGACUGGGAGGAUGAAGAAGAGGAAGAGGUUAACCAAGAGCAGAGCUGGCCCGAAGGAGAAGGUUACAUCUUUGAUCCAGACGAUAACAAAAAAGAAGACACCGAAAUGUCAUAUGCGAUGCAACAAGUUUUGGAGUGUGCUGUCCCCGGCAUUGCACGUGGCCGACCGUAUCUCCUGUCCAUGCCUAUGGCGUCUACGUUGGUUUCUCUGAAUCUAUCCUUUAUUCGUCCCGUGCUGCCAUCCAUAGAUCUGGCAUAUUUGAUCGUCACCACAUUACCCCACCUUGCAAGUUUAUCUACCGCUGCUUGUUUCACGGCUACGGAAGGACCACGUGCGCUGUUUAUUUUAUCGCACGGAUUGCGGCGACUGGAGUAUUGGGAUAUUGGGUAUCAUGAAUGGAUGCAAUUGGAAUUGCUGUGUGGGCCAGAUAUCGGUGCGUCAAUCAACUGGAAAAAGGACCUGCUCUAUCUGAAGGUUCUCGGUUUACAAUCGUCGGGACGGAACGAUGACUUGUCACUGAUUGGUCGACGGUUUUCACGUUGGUUCAAUAAUGAAAUAGCGUCUUUGCGAAAAUACCCUCUCCGGAUUUUAUGGCCAUAGUUGUAAAAAUAUAUAAUUUGGAUAGAAAGUCUCAAUAAAGCAGACAGAAACAAUCA